AUGAUCCAGCACAGGUGGAAACCAGGAACGGGCCAGAAACGGCGUCAACGGCGUUGCCCAUCAGGCCCGUUCUUGCGAAAGCGGCUUAGCAUGGCAGACUUUUGUCACGGCUGGUGGCUCCACUGUCUGGAAUCGCUCGUCAAAAAUAUCCAUCCGUACGUUGCUCCUCGAUUUCCGAUUGGCAGUUCCUCUCGGACUCCUGGACUCUUGGAGUCUGCUGCAGGGGCAUUUUAUCGAAGCGCCAUCGUGUUCAAUUCUCGAAGCCUUGUUGUGUUUCUUCCCGUAUUUGUAGGUGAUCCUGGAGAAUCACAAACCGGCGUGAUUCAAGCCGCAGGAGGAACCGACCUGCUGGGUUGGAGAGGUUAG